AUGCACUCCUCCGUCCUCCUCCUCCUGACUUCGGUCAUGCUCGGCGCCGCCCACCCGGGCCACCACGAGGAGUCCCACCCGGCCCUCCUCGCCGCCCGCCACCAACACCACGGCCUCGCCCGCCGCGGCCUCGAGUCCUGCCAGAACAACAAGGCCUACCGCGACGUCCAGGCCCGAGCCCACGUCCGCCGCGCCCAGGCCAUCGACUACCACCGCGCCGUCCGCAAGGCCAAGCGCGCCGUCGACAGCGCCGGCGUCGGCCACAACCAGACGUCCCUGCACGCCGGCAUCGACGUCUCCACCCCGUCCUCCGAGCUCUUCGGCUCCAACCACACCUGCAUCCUCAACCCGGAGGGCGAGAUCGGCCCCUUCUGGGUCAAGGGCGAGUACGUCCGCUCCGACCUUCGCGACGGCGAGCCCGGCGUGGACGUCGUCCUGGACGGCCAGUUCAUCGACGUCGAGACCUGCGAGCCCAUCACCGACAUCUACUGGGACCUGUGGAACUGCAACUCCACGGGCGUCUACUCGGGCGUCCAGGAGAGCUCCAACGGCAACGGCGACGACGCGUCGAACCUGGACAAGACGUUCCUCCGCGGCGUCCAGAAGGCCGACAACGACGGCGUCGUGCAGUUCCAGACCAUCUUCCCGGGCCACUACUCGGGCCGCACCACGCACCACCACAUGGUCGCCUUCCUCGACGCCACCGUGCUGCCCAACAACACGCUCUCCUCCUCGCACGCGGCCUACAUCGGCCAGCUCUUCUGGGACCAGGACCUCGUCGAGCAGGUCGAGGCCCUGUACCCCUACAACACCAACACCGUUGACAUCACCCCCAACGCCGAGGACCACGUCGUCUCGGACGAGCUCGGCACCAACGCCGACUCGGACCCCUUCUUCCAGUACGCCUACCUCGGCGACGCCGUCGAGGACGGCCUCUUCGGCUGGAUCACCAUCGGCGUCAACCGCUCCGCCUCCUACGACACCUCCUACAGCUUCGAGCUCACCUCCUCCGGCGGCGUUGCCGUCGAGAACUCUGCGGGCGGCGGUGCCGGCGGCGCUCCCAGCGGUACCGGUUUUCCCAGCGGCUCUGCCCCUCCCGCCGCCACUUCGACCUCUGCUUAA